AUGAGUACCAAGGAAGCCAAGCGCAACGGCGUUGCAAACCUCCAGGGGCCGCCACCCGUACCCCACACCCAAGACCACUUAGACGAGGCGGAAAGCCAAGCCCGACGUAUACAGACCGAUGUUGGUCCGCACGACAGGUCGGAGACUCAGACGCACUCGUCAAGCCCAAAGGGGACAAAGAGGCAUAGCACCCACCACAGCGCCUUCACCAUAGGAACUGAGGUCGCCGCUGAGGGCUUGCAUGAUUUCUGGGAUAGGUUUACGAGGAAGGGGAGGAAGGACAUCGGGGUCAUGCAUAGUUUGCGGAUGAUUAUGCUUUCCCAUUGGCUUAAUGCAUUCUUCGUCUUCAUCCCAUUGGCAUGGGUAGCCCACUUCGUGCAUUGGCCGAAUAGGGCGCAGUUCGUUCUCGCGUUCUUGGCCAUCAUACCACUAGAACGGCUCCUUGAAUAUGGGGGCGAGCAGAUGUGUUUCUAUGUAGGGAAGGAUUUCGGGGACCUCAUUCUCAUUACUCUCAAUAAUACGGUCGAGGCGACCCUUGGUAUCAUCCUUCUAACAAAAUGCGAACUUCGGUUGUUGCAAUCCACGAUCGUCGGCGUGGUCAUCUUGCACCUCUUACUGAUACCCGGGACAGCGUUCCUGACCGGUGGCGCGCGUAUCACUUCGCAGGAUCUGAAUCCCCAUAUUACGGAACUUAAUCACGUCCUUCUGACCAUCGGGGUCCUCUCGUUGUUGCUCCCAGCUGCAUUUUUCUCUGCUUUGGACAGAGGGGUGGCGGUAUCUGUGGAGGCGCCAGCUGCGGGUAUGGUGAGCAACGAAACACGGGAAGUAUUCUUGCAAAUGAGCCGUGGCAUUGCUAUUAUUCUGCUUCUCAUUUACGUCGCCUCUCGCAUAUACUUGCACAAUCCCCCAGGCGACGACAACGCCAUGAAAGUUCGUUCGGACGCGCCUGAAGCAUUGCGCGAAGAGGAAAAAGAGUACUUGGAAGGCGAUCCGGAAGUGAACCAAUACGUCUGCCUCCUAAUGUUGACCGUCGUUAUUGCUAUUAUGGCAGCUACGGCCGAGUGGUUGGUCGAAAGCAUAGAAGACGUCAGGGAACAAGGGCGAAUUAACGAAGAGUGGUUCGGCCUCGUCCUUCUGCCCAUAGUAUCGUGGUCGGCAGACGGCGCAGUUUCGAUUGUGUUCUUUGCUGGGUAUCUAUGGCGGCUGUUCUCCCCCAACAUCGAUCCACCUCCACCAGCGACGCUCGCAAAAGCCCGAGCCAUUGAUCUCAGCAUCCAAUUCAGCUUAUUCUGGAUGCCAUUCUUGGUUCUGCUCGCAUGGUGGACUGAUAGAACGUUUAACCUACUCUUCGAUAUGUUUGAAGUCGCGAUACUUCUGGGAGCAUGCUUCUUGGUAAACUACGUUACGGCAGAUGCGAAGACGAACUGGGCGGAAGGGUUUGUCAUGAUCUCGUUCUACGCCAUGGUGGCGUUGUGUGCUUGGUUCUACACGGGUCAACCCGAAGUACACGACAUGCUAGGAAAUUGUGGUCACGCUUUGGAGGCGGCUGCAGAGAGUGCGGCCGAGGUGGCUGCAGUGCAUUGA